AUGGUUAAAGGUAGUGUGCAUUUAUGGGGAAAGGAUGGCAAAGCAUCGUUGAUUUCAGUGGACAGCAUUGCGCUUGUAUGGUUUAUCAAGUUAUGUACUUCAGAAGAGGCAAAGAGUAUGGUUGCGGGAUUGCAGAUCGUAUUCUCAAACAAUACAGACCUAUCAUCAGAUGGAAAACUACCAGUGUUAAUUUUAGAUAAUGGAACGAAAGUAUCUGGUUACGUGAACAUCGUACAAUUCUUACAUAAAAAUAUAUGUACUAGCAAAUAUGAGAAAGGUACGGAUUAUGAAGAAGAUUUAGCAAUUGUUAGAAAAAAGGAUCGCCUUUUAGAGUAUUCCCUAUUGAAUUAUGUUGACGUUGAAAUUUCCAGACUAACGGACUACCAGCUCUUUUUGAACACCAAAAAUUACAAUGAAUAUACCAAGAAGUUGUUUUCAAAAUUGCUAUAUUUUCCUAUGUGGUAUAAUACGCCAUUGCAACUAAGAUCGCAAGCACGUGAAAAUUGUGAGGAGAUUAUAGGCUCACUGACCCUUGAGGAUGAUGAAGAAUUUGUAGAAAGUAAAGCAAUGGAGUCAGCCUCGCAACUAGCACAAUCAAAGACCUUCAAAAUUGCGCAUAAGAACAAAAUUAAGGGUAAGCAAGAGCUACAACAGGUGAAAUAUAAUCUUCAAUUUGAUAAUAGACUACAGAGUUGCGUCAGCAAUUGGUUGGCUGCCCGUAAAAAACUGGAUGAUUCUGUAAUACUUUCCUCCGACCUUCUUUUCCUUGCAAAUCUUUACGUUCAGUUAGGCCUACCUGAUGGUAACCGCAUCCGUUCAAAACUGGAACAAACCUUUGGAAGUGAAUUAUUGAAUAGUAUGUCGAACAAAAUUGAUGACUUCGUCCAUAGACCAAGUAAUAACUUGGAGCAAAGAGAUCCUCAAUUUAGAGAGCAAGGAAACGUUGUGAUGUCAUUAUAUAAUUUAGCCUGUAAAUACAUAUAA